AUGAAUACAUUCAACAGAUGGGAAAACAAAAUUCCAGGCCAAGAAGUGUAUUUGACAAAAGUUUUUGGCGUCAUUGUUUCCGAUGUCAAAAGAACAGACAAAAAAGAAGAAAUGUUCCAAACAGAAGGACCAGCACGAAGAGCAUUAGAAGAGAUAUUGAUGAUAUAUUCAUUACUUGUUGCAGAUGUCGGAUAUAUCCAAGGAAUGUCAGAUAUCGCGGCUGGUUUGAUGGAAAUGUUCUUCAAGAAAGUAACAAAGAAAAAGAUCACUUUAUAUGAUAACAAAGUUGUUGAUUUUCAUAGAGGAAACAGUUUAAUUUUCUGGUUGUUCUAUGGAUUACUUAAACUCACAGGGAAUGACCAACUGUUCAAAUGCAUGGAUGGUAAUAGAGAUUUCCUUGAAACCCGUAUUUUCUCUAUUAUUCAAACGAAUAUUCCUCCUGUUGCAAAAUGGUUGGUCAGUGUUCAGAACGAAAACAUGUUGUUUACAUUUUCUGCAACAUUGCUACUUUUUAAGAGAUGGUUUUCUAUCAAUAAUUUAGGAAUUAUCUGGGAUAGACUAAUCACCCAUCGUGAUCCAAUUAUUUACUUAAGAUUCCUGAUUUCUUCUUGUGUUACAGUUGCUUUUCAAUAUCUUUGCCUGCAAGGAACAAAUGGAGGCGAUGUUUCAUCAGGUUUCAACAAAGUUUUGGCAUUGAUUGAACCAAAAAUGGUAUUGAGAAUUGCAAAUGCAUUCUUUAACAAAAUAGAUAACGAUCCAAUGCAUUCUCAAUGGAUUUUCAUGAAAUAUCCAGAAGAUCCUCCUGAAAUUGAAUACGUUCCUAAAUAUAUUAAAAUCUAUUGA